AUGUUUGCCAAGACCAUCAGUGCCUUAGAGAAAACGCCUAUCGGAAAUGCUCAAACAGAAAUGGGCAAAAAUAUUACCGAAAUUCUCAAUACCAUCAUUACGAAAGGGUACGACAAACGAGUGCGGCCAAACUAUGCAGGCCCUCCAGUAGACGUAGGCAUAGCCGUGUACAUCAUCUCUAUCUCUUCAGUUUCUGAAGUACAAAUGGACUUUACUGCAGACAUCUACUUUAGACAAAGCUGGAAAGACAACCGUUUGUCCUUUCAAGCCCGAGCGGGCAUCAAUCAGAUGGUUGUGGGUGCUGAGGUGGCCAACUACGUCUGGAAUCCGGACACCUUCUUUGGGAAUGAAAAGUCCGCCCAGUUUCAUAAAGCAACCACACCAAACACCUUCAUUCGCAUUGGCUCCAAUGGAGAGGUGUACCGCUCCACGCGGCUCACUGUGACUAGCACCUGUCCAAUGAACCUGCGCUACUUCCCCAUGGACCGACAGGAGUGCACUAUUGAAGUGGAGAGCUACGGCUACUCAAUGGCGGACAUUAUGUACCGAUGGGGCAUUGGCGGCAAACCAGGCGUCGAGAUGGCCGACGUCAAGUUGCCGCAGUUCAAGGUGAAGGGCUACCAGAACAAGUCAAUCAUCCAGGAUGAAGCUUCGGGCAAAUACUCUCGGCUGAUUUGCGAAAUUGAGCUCGUUCGCUCUCUGGGCUACUACCUAAUUCAAAUAUACAUUCCCUCAAGUCUAAUCGUCAUCAUCAGCUGGGUGUCCUUUUGGCUGCAUCGAAACGCCUCUCCCGCCCGCGUCCAACUGGGCGUCACAACUGUGCUGACGAUGACCACCCUCAUGUCGUCCACCAACGCUGCCCUGCCAAAGAUCUCCUACGUCAAGUCAAUCGACGUCUUCCUGGGCACCUGUUUCGUCAUGGUCUUCGCCGCCCUUCUUGAGUAUGCCACCGUUGGCUACAUGGGCAAGCGGAUCGCCCUGCGCACCGCCAAGGUGCAGGCCAAGCAUGAACAGCAACAACGCCCGUCGUCAGACCGGCGUGAAGGCCAUCGUGAGCACCAUCAGUCGGUCUGUGAACCGUUGCUCGGCCAUCCCUCACUGCGACUGCGUCGACCCGAGGGCGAGACCACCUAUACGACUGCCGCCGGCGGUGGUGGUGCCCCGGGCCCUGGUGCUCCGGGCCCUGGUGCUGCAGGUGGUACUGGCGGCGCCAUAGGCAACGCCGUUUCUGCAGGUGCUGCUGAACACCAAACUCCACGACCUUCAGUGGACGUGCCAAAGAAGAAGGAGAGUGAGCCCGCUGAGCCGGCUCCAUCGAUUCCUUUUCCGGGCUCGAAACCGGCUAGCACACUGUUUGGAAUUUCGCCAAGCGAUAUUGAUAAGUACUCCCGUGUCAUUUUUCCCGUCUGUUUUCUCUGUUUUCAUUUGAUGUACUGGCUGAUUUAUACGCACAUAAGCAGCUUUCUGGAAAUUGAAGCAGAAGAACCUAGCUCAUGA